GCCUUCCCCCAUCACUGCCCUCCUGGGGCCGAGCUACUGUGUGCAGGGACCACCCUGGGGGUGGCCCUAAGUCAGGAUAGCUCCACUCCUUGGACUUGACCCUUCAGAGCCCCCAGGUCAGUAUGUUCCUCUGCUCCAAGGGAUGUGCCCUGUGCCAUCCCUGGCCACUUGGAUCCAUUCUCUAAGUUUUAUCACAGAAGCCUUCUUUCUUUCUGAUUGUUUUGCCAUGAUUCUACCAGCUUUUACAUUUUGCUGUACAGCACCCCCUUCCUCAUUUUAGCCAGAGUUAGACCUCCUCCCACUGAGACAUUGAUAUGAUGCUACUUCUCCAUGGUGGAAAUCCUCCCUUUCCCCACACCAUGAGCCCUCAGGCUACUCGGUAGCCUUUUGUAGUUUAUAGAAAGUGUAAUUGUGGAUGCCAAGGGAUUUAUUCUUAUGGCUGGGAUGAGGCAUUUGGCCGCGUUUUCUUCUGUAUUCUGUUGUCCAAUUAGUGGAACAGUUAAACGGCAGGGCCAGGAACUUGCAGUGCUUGUACCGCUUGGGGCGCCCUCCCUUCCCGGAGCCUGGGGAUCCGACGGGCCCGCCCGGGCACAGGCCCUCCCUGCCCUGACUCUGCUAGUGUUCCCCAGACUUACUGGCCAGGUAUCCAGGUGGUCGUCCUGUCCUAGGGGUGGCCUAUUCCCCCCACUCCCGCCGUGCCCCUAGAGCUCGACACAGCCCUGCGGCAUACACGGAAGUGGCAAUGGUGAAGGUAUGCUACAGACACUAAGACACUAUGGCACUUAAUCCUCACAAGCAUGGGCUUCGGCAGGGCCGCGGAACGCACCGCGCUCUCGACUGACGUAAAAGAAACGCGACGCGUCGCUGUGGCCGGCGGCGGGCGGGGCGCCGGCGAGAUGGAGCGUUACUCCGCCGCCUUCGAGGAGGCGGCGGACGGGGCCCGGCAGCAGGAGCGACAUUAUCAGCUGCUGUCGGCGCUGCAGAGCCUGGUCAAGGAGCUUCCCAGCUCCUUCCAGCAGCGCCUGUCCUACACCACGCUCAGCGACCUGGCCCUGGCGCUUCUCGACGGCACCGUUUUCGAGAUUGUGCAGGGGCUGCUGGAGAUCCAGCACCUCACCGAGAAGAGCCUGUACAACCAGCGCCUGCGGCUGCAGAACGACCACCGAGUGCUCAGACAGGCGCUGCGGCAGAAGCACGAGGAAGCCCAGCAGGCCUGCCGGCCCCAUAACCUGCCCGUGCUCCAGGCGGCUCAGCAGCGCGAGCUGGAGGCAGUGGAACAUCGGAUCCGUGAGGAGCAGCGAACAAUGGAUGAGAAGAUCGUCCUGGAGCUGGACCGGAAGGUGGCAGACCAGCAGAGCACGCUGGAGAAGGCGGGUGUCACCGGCUUCUACGUCACCACCAACCCACAGGAGCUGACGCUGCAGAUGAACCUGCUGGAACUAAUCCGGAAGCUGCAGCAGAGGGGCUGCCAGGUGGGGAAGGCAGCCCUGUGACCAGGUGGGGUCCCCACCAGUCAACCACUGCCCAGCCUGGCUGGGAGGGCAGCAUUGAGCUGGGUGGAGCUCAUCUUCCUGGCAUCUGGUCACCUUCCCAACUUGGCUGUGCCUGCCACCCACCUUUGCCUGGGUUUUUGUGUCCAAAUGCUAGGAUGGUGGAUAAAGGGGAGAGUGGGCCCAGCCUGUUUGCUGUCUGCCCCAGGGCUGAGUGGAGGCUGGAGGUUCUAGCACCUUCUCACUCCACUGGGUAUUUUCCUGACCUUGCCCAAGCACACCAGGCUUCGUUCUUGUUCUGGUCUUGGCCCCUCCAUUGGCAGCUGCAGCCCUGCAUGCAAGAUGUUCUAAGGCCCCAGCCCUGUGUGCCCCAGAAGAAUAAAGACU